CUAGACAUAGCGAAGAGAAGAAAGUAUCAGUUGCCCCUACACCGAUGAUGUGGCACGAAGAAGACAGAAGUGUUACUACAGGGCACUGAACGUAGGGAUAGACCUUGUCAGCAAAGGAAGGAGAUUGACAGGAUGCUUGGGUGUACACCCUUCACAAUCAUGUCCUAUUUCUUCAUGUGGUACUUGCCUCCUUUCGUAGCAGGAAGAGUUAUUUGGUACCUGAUUUUCUAUAGCCUUUUCCAAGCAUUAACCACAUUAUUCGAAGUACCGUAUUGUGCCCUCAUCAUGUUUCUCAGCUCAGACCAGAAGGAGAGAGAUUCUGCAACGGCAUACCGAAUGACUAUGGAAGUCCUUGGCACCCUGAUUGGAGCCGCGCUCCAGGGGCAGAUUGUGGCAAGUGCUCAUGCCUCUGAUCGUUGUACUGUGAAUCGCACUGCAAACACAACCGAGUAUCUUCAAUCCCUACACAACAUUUCCAGCUUUCCUGAGCCCUUGGGCUUCCUGUCUCACGGGGCUAAAGUCUAUAUGAUUGCAGCAGGAGUAAUAGGAGGGGUGUAUCUACUGGGGACUGUCAUCCUUUUUAGUGGAGUAAAGGAAAAGGACGAUCCUUACGCCUUAAAUUCAGACAAAGCGAUUCCUUUCUUUAAGGGACUCAGACUCACAAUGAAGCACGGGCCGUACAUAAAACUUACAGCUUCAUUUCUUCUCAUCUCGACAGCAGUUCAGCUUGAGCAGAGCAACUUUGUCCUGUUUUGUACCCACAUGACUGAGCUUCGCAACAGCUUCCAGUAUUUAGUGGUGACCAUCUUGGUGUCAGCAGCAGUGAGCAUUCCCUUCUGGCAGUGGUUUCUGCAGCACUUUGGCAAGAAAAGUGCAGCAUGUGGGAUUUCGUGGAUGAUCCCGUUCGCAGUCAUGCUGGUUACAGUCCCACAUCUGAGCGUGGCUUAUGUGGUGGCCUUCGUCUCUGGUCUGAGUAUUGCAGCAUCUUUGUUGUUGCCAUGGUCCAUGUUGCCUGAUGUUGUUGAUCACUUCCGCCUGCUGAAUCAACAUGUAAAGAGGCCUGAAACCCUCUUCUAUUCUUCGUAUGUCUUCUUCACCAAGUUGUCAACAGGGAUUGGAUUAGGAAUGUCUUCAGCAAGCCUUGAGUUGGCCGGAUACAAAGGAGGGGCCUGCAGACAAUCCAGCAGUGUGAUCCUUGCAUUGAAAAUCCUGAUUGGGGUAGUGCCGACCAUCCUCAUUCUUCUAGGUUUAUUCAUACUCCUUUUCUACCCAAUCACCGAAAAAAGUCGAAAGGAAACUGAGCAGGCGCUUGAACAGUUAAGAAGGAACCAUCCCAGUUGUGACAACCUGUUUGAAAAUGAAGGCAAUAUCCUGAUAUGAGAAUCCAGAAAGCAGCGGCUGUCAAAGAAGAACCUUCGAUUCCAGAUCACCAUACCAGUGUUCGGUUAUCCUGUAGAUAAGUUAUCAGAAGAAUAAAUGGACUGGCCUUGAUUGACAAAACCAGGAAGAUCCUGAGUUGAGUUCAAUGAAUGCAACUUCAUGCCCCACCUGAAAAAGGUGUUAGCCAUGCUGAAUCAGUAUUAACCAAAUCCCCAGCACUGUUGAGGAUAACAUGCAGCUGAAGCAGCUAUUGGGACAUAAGGCAAAGAUGCCGUGGUCAGGGAAGAUCUCAUGGAACUGCUGGCAAAAGCAAUAUCCUAAUGUGCUUAGCCGAUUACUUUAUUCUGACCUGCACUGUCUUUGUAGUCUCUGCUGAACACAGGAUUUUCUUUGCUA